AUGAGUUUUCUUGAUUCCAUUAUCUCGUCCAUCGAGAGCGGCAAACCAACUCCGAUUCCCACAUCCUCUCCCGCGCCCUCUCCUACUAUCUCAUCGUCCAAUACCAAACCCGAAAGUCGCAAGGCAACUCCAACUGCUCGUCCGACCACCGUUGAGCGAAAUAAUGGGGUCCCGACCGGAACAAAGCGAAAAGCGGAAGAGCCGCUGCCACGAACACAGAAGCCCGGAUCGCAAAUACCUGCCAGGCCAGCUGCUGCAAAACUAGCCGCAACGAAAUCUGCCAACGUGCUAGCUCCCUCUAGUCAACGUCUAGCGGCAACAUCCAAAAUCGCGAAACCAUCGACGAGCAGCAAUGCGCCCAUAGCCCGAAACACCCCACCGGCCCCCUCCAAGCCAGCGCCGAAAGGAUCCUUUGCGGAUAUUAUGGCACAAGCAAAGGCUGCACAACAGAAAGCCCCCACCCAGGUCGGAAUGUUCAAGCACCAGUCUGUGCCUAAGGAGAAGUUGAGCAAGAUGGAACGCAAAAAGCGGAUGAUCGAGGCUCAGGCUAAGGACAAAGAUUCGAAGUUGGCAAAGAAACCUGGUCCUUCUUCCAGUACGGCUGCAGCUGUCAAACCAGGAAGCGCGAAAGCCGCCCUCAAACGCGAACCCGAAGAAUUGACUUACAAGGGUACCGCUAGGCAGACUCCUUCACAGCCGGAGUAUCGUGGCACAGCCAACCUUCCAAGCCGAAAUGGCGCUCGCAGAGUUCAAUCUAGGGCCAACAAACGAUCCAGAAUGGACGAUUAUCUCGGUACAGAUGAAGAGGACGAGGGCGAUUACGCGGAUGACUAUGACGAUUAUUACUCGGAAUCAUCGGACAUGGAGGCAGGCAUGGACGAUGUGGAGGCCGAGGAAGCGGCAGCCCUAGCCGCAGCUAGACGUGAAGACGAAGAGGACAUACGCGCAGAGGCUGCAGCCAAGAAGGAGAAAAUGGAGCGUCGCAAGAAGCUCACCAUGCUGGCUUCCAAGCGCCACUAG